UCACAAUCAAUUGCACCCUGUACUUAAAGUUUUAAUUGAACUCGCAAAGCUGCAACAUAUUUAUUUCUAUAAAUUUUUAGAAGCUAUUGUAGAGAAUUCCUUAUUUCAAAAUGGGAACAAAAAGACCGGGAAGCAGUUUGGUGCCUGUGGCCCAAAACACGAAGCGUAGUAAAACCGAUUUAAUCGCUUUUACCAACCGGGAUAAAGCGUUAAUGGAGUCGGGUAUUAGACGCACAUCCAACUUAAUGGCGCCCAUCAUGUUGCUAGAAGGGCAUGAGGGAGAAAUAUUCACAACUGAAUUUCAUCCGGAUGGCGAUUUGCUGCUUUCUUCAGGUUUUGAUCGUCAAAUCUAUAUCUGGAAUGUGUAUGGAGAGUGCGAAAAUUUAAUGGUUAUGUCAGGUCACAGUGGUGCUGUGUUGGAGGCACACUUUUCGACAGAUGGCUCAAAUGUGUACACAUGUGCUACCGAUAAGACUGUUGCAGUAUGGGACAUUGUGACUGGACAGCGAGUGCGUCGGAUGAAAGGUCACACAAAUUUUGUGAAUACCGUUCAUUGCACUCGGCGAGGUGUACAAAUGUUAUGUUCGGGCUCAGAUGACCGAUUGAUAAAAAUAUGGGAUGCGCGCAAGAAAAGUGCGGUGCAUACUCUGGAAUCGCCUUAUCAGGUGACAACAGUAUGCUUUAAUGAUACUGGCGAACAAGUGAUUUCCGGUGGUAUUGACAAUGAAAUAAAAAUUUGGGACGUACGCAAGCAACAACAGGUGAUGCAUAGAUUAAGAGGACACUCGGACACUAUUACAGGCGUGUCUUUGUCACCAGAUGGUUCAUAUUUGCUAUCCAAUUCCAUGGAUAACACUUUACGAAUAUGGGAUAUUCGUCCAUAUGCGCCAGGCGAGCGUUGUGUAAAAAUCUUCCAAGGCCAUCAACACAACUUCGAAAAAAAUCUUUUACGCUGCUCUUGGUCUCCAGAUGGCAGUAAAAUAUCUGCUGGUUCUGCUGAUCGCCAUGUUUACAUUUGGGACACAACAAGCAGGCGUAUAUUAUAUAAAUUGCCUGGUCACAAUGGUAGUGUUAAUGAUGUAGAUUUUCAUCCAAAAGAGCCAGUGAUAUUAUCUGCUUCAAGUGAUAAAACUUUGUAUCUGGGUGAAAUCGAAGAUUAGACUUAUGUAUAUGUAUUAUCGGAAUAUUAAACUGAAAAACAAGGUUAUAAAUAUUAACUAUUCUAACAGUUACAAACUCCUUUUAAUGCGGUAUCACAAGUCACUUUCAGUAAUAAAAAAUAGAGCAUUUCGUAAACGCCUCGUAAACUUACUUAUUUUGUAUGGUUUAUUUACGAGGUUUCCGUGCAUACGAGGCAUUUACGCGUUUACACGAAUACCCAUAAUGAAUUAAAUCCAGGUAUGUGCACGAAUCUUAACCAAUUACAAUUCACAGAAAUUUAAUAAAA